AUGGCAGAUCCGAGCUUAUCAGAGGUCCCAACACAUUAUCGCUCUCUUUCUAUCCUUUUCGGCUACCUUUCACUUAUAAUUGUCUUGUUUUUCACCGUUUGCAAGACAAUUCAUGCGCGGUAUCAAGCCCGCCAGAAGAGAAAUGAUUGGGCUACCGGGCAGCGACGCGUCCAAUUCUUCCUGUUCUCUUUCCUAGCAACUCUGAGCAUUGGAACGACCUGGUUCUACAUGAUUGCCUUUUUCUUUCACUCGUAUGACACCUGGGCAAGCAGCUCUAGUGGAUUGGUUUAUUCCAGCAUGGAAUUGUCAGUCAUCACGCGUAUGGGCCUAUGGUUAAAGAAUACGUAUCUGUUUCAAGAGGCCUGGCAAGCGGUUUCUGAGGAUCUGGGACGGUUCUGGUGGAGUGGACAGAUCUUCGGAUGGACGAUUGGGUGGGGACUUUUUAUUGGCAUCACAGGACGGAGAUAUCGAAUCCCACGUGUCUGGGUGUACAUGCUUCUAGCUCAGUGUGUCAGUGUCUCAUUUGCUGCGAACCUUUUCUUCGCCACAAUCGCUGUCUCUGAACGUCCAAACGAGAAAGACAGCUCUUUCACAUGGUCUCCAUUGCUAGUAUACGAGCUACUACCGGUGGUACUGUCACUUGUUGAUGCAGUGGCCGUUCCGAUCUUUGCAUACCAGAAAGAUUUCAUGUUCAUCUUACUUGUGCCUCACAUCCUGACGUUUGUCCCGGGCUUAUUGGGCCCUAGAGAUUCCUCCAGAGCGACCAAGGUACAGGGAGAGAAGACUACUCGUCGCUAUGCCGUGUUUUUGACAUGGAUUGCGGUCACAUCCGUCGCCAUGCAGGCGUACUUCACUGGCUUGCUGCUGCAAGAGUUUGGACCUGAUGUUUCAUAUGGCGAGGUGGUUCAACAGUUGUGGGAUACGAUAUACAUUCAUCCCGCCUGUAGUAGUGUGAGCUGGGAUGUGAUUAUGUGUACCGGGAGCUCUUUUUCCUGGGCUUUGGCACACGGCUUUAAAACAAGUCAGAUGCUUGGUGGACAGUGA